AAUAAAAUGUUUAACAGGGAAAACACAAGAUAGUUCAAAACAUAGGUAUAGAAUAAUUUGUUAAAGAAAUUAUAUCAAUGGUGAAACAUACUAUGGUAGAUUACAAUAACUCAGAUGCACUGCAGGUGAACUUCUAAGCACAAGGGGGCGCUGUGACGUCACCCUGCGCUCUGUGACGACUCUCUUGUCUUGGUAACAGAGAGUGUUGUCAAACGUUGCUAAGGAAGUAGUCGAGCUAACGAUACUUUUUAAAUCAGCCGGUCUGCCACCACCAAACAUCAGUAAACGAGAGGUAACAUUACGUCAAGUUAACAUCAGUUUGAAAAAUCUUGUAAAUCGGACAAUAUCAACACCGAUGGUUUAUAAAUAAGGUCGUCUAAAAGGUUGCUUUCGUCGUUAGCUCAGCUAGCUUCUUGCAUACCGCUAAAUGUUUAAUAAUAUAAUAUCUACCAUAACAAUAAUGUCAGCUUAUGUGAGCACAGUGUGCAAUUAGUUAGAAAUCACAGUGCUGUUAGUGAGAUACUUUUAAAACAAAACUAAGAUGAUUUCAGCUUAAAUCGCUAAGGCUACAAUUAUUUAGCUUCUGCUGCUUGUAAGUUUAAAUUCACAAUGUUAUCAGUGACUCAUGUGUCUAAAUGUUGUGUCUUUGCCUACUGAUGGGGAAAGAGGAACAUAACACGCCACACACCUUCCCUACAUGGCUUUAACUAACUCGUUUAAAUGACCAGUAUUUCACUCAGUCAUUGUCUGCCCUGUAUGUUUAGGUGGAUGUCAGUCAGUAAUGAGAAAGCCCAAUCCACCUGACCACAGCUGGUCACAUGGCUGGACAUGAGAGGAUGGGUGACAGUCUCCUCCGUCAGCACGCUGAGGCUCCUGGUCAAGGGGACUCAGUUGUCGUUGACAGCAGGGCGCUCAAGACCCCCUUAGUGACCGCCAAAUUCAGCAGGGAGCCCAAGGACACCCUUAAACUCAAUGCCACAUGCGCAGAGGGAGCGGUCAGUCCGUACCAGCCUCGACCACCCUCACAACCCAGGCUGUCGAGCAAAAGCUGCUCCGUGGAGGAGAACCUCAUGACCAGGAGGCUGAAAAAUAGCCAGGAGAGUCUCAGUGACCCAACUGAAACUGGCUCCUCUACAGACUCGCUCAAAGAGGACCAAGCAGCUCUUGUUCCAGGCACGCUGGUUCUCAGAGGUGCCGCCACCAUCAGGAAUAACAAUAAGGACUCCGACGUGAGACCCGUCUCCGCCGUGACGAGAGGAUCCCCGGUCUUCCGGGACAGAGGACGAAGUCUCUCUGAGUAUGAAAGGAGGCCCACCAGCCAGCAGAGCGACCCCGUGGACCAUCCAGUGAGGCCCGCCAAGGUGCGUCUAACUCCAGUGCAACCCACCGGGACGCUGCCGGCUCUAGAGAAGAGCUUUGCCACUUUAAGGGCGGCUAAUAGGAUUGACAGGGAUUGUUUGGAUUAUGCCGUGUUGGCCAGAGAGAAGCAUGGGGAGAGACUCCACAGGAACCUGAGCGACAGUCGGCUCCUGGAGAACAUGGGGUCGGAUAGUGCCUCUGUCAACUCCAUGAGGUCCAAUUACAGCGUGCUGAGCCCCAUCAGACCCCAGGAUGUGAGGAACAGGAGCUUCCUGGAGGGAAGUGUGCUGGGUAGUGGAGCUCUGCUGGGGGCCGAGGAGCUGGACCGCUACUUUCCAGACAGGAGAUUGGGCAUCUACGUAGCCACAUGGAACAUGCAGGGGGAGAAGGGGCUUCCAUCCAACUUAGACGACCUCCUCCUUCCAACAGACUCUGAAUUUGCACAAGACUUCUACAUCAUUGGGGUCCAGGAGGGAUGUCCUGACAGGAGGGAGUGGGAGACCCGUCUUCAGGAGACUCUGGGACCUUACUAUGUCAUGCUGUAUGCAGCAUCACAUGGCGUUUUGUAUCUAAGCGUGUUUGUCAGAAGAGACCUCAUCUGGUUCUGCUCAGAGGUAGAGCAUGCCACGGUUACAACCAGGAUCAUCUCCCAGAUCAAAACCAAAGGCGCUGUGGGACUGGCUUUUACGUUUUUCGGGACUUCUUUCCUUUUCAUCACAUCCCAUUUCACCUCUGGAGAUUCCAAAGUUUACGAGAGAAUACUGGACUACAACAAGAUCGUUGAGGCUCUAGCUCUUCCAAAAGGCCUUCCAGACACCAACCCAUACCGCUCCACCCCAUCUGACGUCACAACAAGAUUUGACCAGGUCUUCUGGUUUGGAGAUUUCAACUUCCGAAUCAGUAAAGAUCGGGUUGAUGUGGAAAGCAUCAUAAACCGCACAGUAGGGGAGAAUAUGGGCCCUCUGUUGGAGCACGACCAGCUGUCCAAGGAAAUUAAAGAGGGUUCAAUCUUUAAAGGUUUCCAAGAGGCCCCGAUACACUUCCGCCCUACAUACAAGUUUGACGUGGGCUGUGAUAUCUACGACACUACUUCUAAACAGAGAACGCCUUCAUACACAGACAGGAUCUUGUUCAGGAACAGGCAGGCAGAUGACAUAAAAGUGGUCAAGUACACCAGCUGCUGCGGCAUCAAGACCUCAGACCAUCGACCCGUCAUCGGGGUCUUCCAGGUCAAACUAAGGCCAGGCAGAGACAAUAUUCCCCUUGGUGCUGGCCAGUUUGACCGAGGCUUGUACUUGGAGGGCAUCCGGAGGAGGAUCACCAGAGAGUUGAAGAGGAGGGAGGCCAUGAAGAACCAAGGUAGCAGCACGAUCUGCACCAUCUCCUGAAACCCUUCAGAUUCACUCAGCAGUCCAGACUGGAUUGUAUCGAAACGGUGCCAGAAACUGGAACGUAAAACCAGGCAGGAAAGCACUUGUCUUCAUGACAUUUGGCGUAACCUGGUACAGGACGGCAGUGGCUGAGCAGAGUGCGCCCUCUGUUGGGCAUAAUUGGGAACAUUGCAUGUGUCUGGUUGUCCUGUCGGAGGGGGCUGGCUGUUCUUGAGGGCAGGGACCCUGAGGUCAGACGGACUAAAGGUUUGCAGACACAGCAGUCUGGUCUUUAUUUAUUCUGCCCCCCCCCCUUAACUCAAACAUGAAUGGGGGGGGGGCUGCCGCUGUGGCUUACUCUUCAGUUACAUGCUCCAGUGUGAACUGGUCUUUGUGUAGCUGCAUUCAUUCACCCAUUUGUCACAAGUGUUUUAAAAGCAUCAUGAACUACAAGGUAACAUUUUCUAAAGCUACAUCAGUGUUCAAAUGCCUUUUUACUCGUCAUCAAGCAGCUUACAAAACGUUCAGUUUAGGUUUCAGCCAUUGAUUGAUCUGAACUUGAAUUUUAGUCCCAAGCUAAAUGUUCUUUUGGAGAGAUAAAGUAUGACUGAAGAAGGGAGCUUUAGAUCAAAUGUUAUAUAAAUAGCACAACAGUGAAAAACACUAGUCAGGAGAUUGUUACUACUCGUUAUAUGCUACUGUUGGAUUUCAGGGGAUAUGUAUGAAAGCACUAACUCUACUAUUAAAGACAAGUUUUACUGUUAACUCUUUAUCACUACUUUUCUCUAAUGAGGCAAAGUGAUUCUUUACAACAAACUGUAACACAGUGCCUUACCUCUCUCAUUUCUCAUUGCAGUGUAACUUAAUAACUGUGCACCAUGUACUGUAUGUACCACAUUCAUUGUGGACUAGCAUUCCCAGCACGAACAGUUUAGUCUGCUUCAGAAAAAGUGCCUGUGGGUCUUCUUUGUUUCUUCAGGGCCUCUAACAUUUCAGUCUUUUUAUAUGUCCACUAAGAUCCUGUAAUAAAUGUUUUUAAACACA